GGAAAGGCAAGAGCUAGGGAAUUUGGGACCGCGUGUCAGAGAUCUGUUUGUUUGUCGGCUUUUUGGAUUCUGACACUACAUCACCUACUAUCUGCGCUACGUACGGUCAGCGAUCACAACAGCAACAACAACAUCAUCAUCAUGGCCGAACCAAAAGCGGCGCCCCUCUUCCCCGCCUCCUUCGUCCCUUUCGCUGUCGAAACCGCAGAGGGCGUCACCAUCCGCGGUCUGCACAACCCCAGCACAAGCAGCAGCAAGCCGCCUCUGCUGCUCCUACAUGGCUUCCCCCAAACGCACGCAAUCUGGCAUCUAGUCGCGCCGGCACUGGCGCAGCAAUACACGCUCGUCCUCGCAGACCUGCGCGGGUACGGAGCAUCGUCCAAGCCGCCCCCGUCGGCCACGCACGCCGCCUACGCCAAAUCCGCGCUCGCAGCCGACUGCGCAGCGGUGAUGACGGCGCUGGGCCAUUCGCGCUUUAGCGUCCUGGCGCACGAUCGCGGCGCCCGCGUCGCGCAUAAACUGUGCGUUGACUUUGCGGACAGAGUGGAGAAGGCGAUAUUGCUGGACAUUGUGCCCACGAAGGCGUGUUAUGCGGCUACGGACAAGGACUUUGCACGCUGGUACUGGCAUUGGUUCUUCCUGAUCCAGCCGGCGCCGCUGCCCGAGACGCUGAUUAAUGGGAUGGGGGGCGGGAAGUUUGUCCGCAUGAUGCUGACGGGAAGGGAGCCUGGGACGGGCUUUUUUGCUGAGCAUGCGUUGAGUGCGUAUGAGGAGGCGGGGGAGCUGGAGGGCGCGGUUCAUGCGUGGUGUGAGGACUAUCGCGCGGCUGCGGGCGUGGAUUGCGAUGAGCAGGAGGCGGAUGAGCGCGAGGGCAGGAAGAUUAAGGCGCCCUUGCUUGUGCUGUGGGGGAAGAAGGGCGUCGUGGAGGCGUGUUUUGAUGCGAUAAAAGAGUGGGAGAAGGUCAGUGUGGGGGGUGUGAAGGGCAGGGCGUUGGAGUGCGGGCAUUAUGUCCCGGAGGCGCAGCCGGAGGAGCUGGUGAAGGAGGUGUUGGCGUUUCUGGCGGAGUGAGUGGGGAAGGGACGACUUGUGUGGUUACAGUAUGCGCGACAGAGGGAAGCG